AGAUGGGGCUGCUCGGUGGCGCCUGGGGCUGAGAAAGAGCAGCGGCGGCGGGCGGAGAGGAGCGACGGCGGCGCGGAGGAAGCCGAGGUGCGAGUCGCAAUGCAGCAAGUGUUGGAUAACCUUACGGAGCUGCCCUCAUCUACGGGAGCAGAAGAAAUAGACCUAAUUUUCCUCAAGGGGAUUAUGGAGAAUCCUAUUGUAAAAUCACUUGCUAAGGCUCAUGAGAGGCUAGAAGAUUCAAAACUAGAAGCUGUCAGUGAUAAUAACUUGGAAUUAGUCAAUGAAAUUCUCGAAGAUAUCACCCCUCUAAUAAAUGUGGAUGAAAAUGUGGCAGAACUGGUUGGUAUACUCAAAGAGCCUCACUUCCAGUCACUCUUGGAGGCCCAUGAUAUUGUGGCAUCAAAGUGUUACGAGUCACCUCCAUCAAGCCCAGAAAUGAAUAAUUCUUCUAUCAAUAAUCAGUUAUUACCAGUAGAUGCCAUUCGUAUUCUUGGUAUUCACAAAAGGGCUGGGGAACCACUGGGUGUAACAUUUAGGGUUGAAAAUAAUGAUCUGGUAAUCGCCCGAAUCCUCCAUGGAGGGAUGAUAGACCGUCAGGGUCUGCUUCAUGUGGGAGAUAUCAUUAAAGAAGUCAAUGGCCAUGAAGUUGGAAACAACCCAAAGGAAUUACAAGAAUUAUUGAAAAAUAUUAGUGGAAGCGUCACCCUGAAGAUUUUACCAAGCUAUAGAGAUACCAUUAUUCCUCAACAGAGUUGCAUCAGUAUGGAGAGGCAUCCAGCACACGUCCGUCAGGUAUUUGUGAAAUGUCAUUUUGAUUAUAAUCCAUACAAUGAUAACCUGAUACCCUGCAAAGAAGCAGGAUUGAAGUUUUCAAAAGGAGAAAUUCUUCAGAUUGUAAACAGAGAAGACCCAAACUGGUGGCAGGCUAGCCAUGUAAAAGAGGGAGGAAGUGCUGGUCUCAUUCCAAGCCAGUUCCUGGAAGAGAAGAGAAAGGCCUUUGUUAGAAGAGACUGGGAUAAUUCAGGACCUUUCUGUGGAACCAUAAGUAGCAAAAAAAAGAAAAAGAUGAUGUAUCUCACAACCAGAAACGCAGAAUUCGAUCGUCAUGAAAUCCAGAUAUAUGAGGAAGUAGCCAAAAUGCCUCCCUUCCAGAGAAAGACGUUAGUAUUGAUAGGAGCUCAAGGUGUGGGACGAAGAAGCUUGAAAAACAGGUUCAUAGUGUUAAAUCCCACUAGAUUUGGAACCACAGUGCCAUUUACUUCACGGAAACCAAGGGAAGAUGAAAAAGAUGGCCAAGCAUAUAAAUUUGUGUCACGAUCUGAGAUGGAAGCUGAUAUUAAAGCUGGAAAGUAUUUGGAACAUGGGGAAUAUGAAGGAAAUCUCUACGGAACCAAGAUCGACUCUAUUCUUGAAGUUGUCCAAACUGGAAGAACUUGCAUUUUGGAUGUCAACCCACAAGCCCUAAAAGUGCUGAGGACAUCCGAGUUCAUGCCCUAUGUUGUGUUUAUUGCUGCUCCAGAACUAGAUACCCUACGUGCCAUGCACAAGGCUGUAGUGGAUGCUGGUAUCACUACCAAACUUUUGACGGACUCUGACUUGAAGAAAACAGUGGAUGAAAGUGCACGGAUUCAAAGAGCAUACAACCACUAUUUUGAUCUGAUCAUCAUCAAUGACAAUCUAGACAAAGCCUUUGAGAAACUGCAGACUGCCAUAGAGAAACUGAGAAUGGAGCCACAGUGGGUCCCAAUCAGCUGGGUUUACUGAUGAUUCAGAAGUAUGGUGUCUUCUGCAGUGUGCCUUCAUGCUGCUGCCUGCAGCCUCUAGGGGAUCGAUGGAGCCGCUGCCUGCAGCCUCUGGGGGAUAACUGGAGCAGCUCAAGAAGUCUAUCCACAAGAUAUUUUACCCAUCGACACAACAGAGAUGGUUUUUACAUCAGACAUAUUUUAGGCCUUAUCACAUGGUAUAAAGUGCACAUUAUUUAGAAAACAGUCUACACUUAAGAGUUAUUUCUAUUAUAAAUGGUAUUCAUGACUAACUAGUUUAUACACAUGAGAUUCCUCCUAAUAUAAAAUGGAACAAUGCAGUUGAUUUCAUUUCCAUCUAGAUGCCAGAGCCAAAAAGAAUCAAUUUAUAGCAAAGUUCAUCUAUCUCAAUAAAGAGUCAUUGAACUUGAAACUGAAGUCCUAUCUGGUUCUGUAGAAACCAGCAGAGCUCUGCUGAGGCAAGAAGUCCCAGAGGCCCCGGAAUUCUGCUAUAGCAAUGAGAGUAUAGUUGUGAUUAAGGGAAUGUGAACUUCUCCUGUAGGGAAGGUCUAAGAUAACUAGCUUUACUGAAGAGAAAAUAGCUUAAGGUGAUGUUGAACAGUUGGUAAUCAUUAAAAAUAUGCGUGCAUAUGCUUUUGGGAAACAAUGUGCCAACAUACUAAUGCACCUGAGGAUUCCUUGUGGACAGGUGAGCAUCCACAUUCAGCAUUCAGGGCAUGAUUGUUUAUA